CCGCCCCGGAGCCUCUGAGUCACUGACUGGAGCAGAUGCUGCGCCGGCGGAGGAGGAGGCGUGGAGACCCCAGACGUCCGCUGGCACCCGAGCAGCCCCGGGAUGAACGUGCUGGCGCCCGUGCGGAGGGACCGGGUCAUCGCCGAGCUGCCACAAGGUUCCACAAGCCCCUCAUCCCCGCUGCCCCGACAGCCGACGAGCAGAAACAGCGAUGCCGCUCUCGGCUCGCGGCACAGCGAUGGAGUGAAGGCAGAGGGCCCGGGCCCAAGCCCCAAAUCACCGCGGCCAAAAUGCAGUCGCCGGUUUUGCAAAGACACCUUCGACAAGAACUACAAAGCCACCAUCGGGGUGGACUUCGAAAUGGAGCGCUUCGAGGUGCUGGGGGUCCCGUUCAGCCUGCAGCUGUGGGACACGGCUGGCCAGGAGCGCUUCAAGUGCAUCGCCUCCACCUACUACCGCGGAGCUCAAGCCAUCAUCAUCGUCUUCGAUGUGAACGACGUGGGAUCUCUUGGCCACACGAGGCAGUGGCUGGCGGACGCCCUGAAGGAGAACGACCGUUCCAGCGUCAUCCUCUUCCUCGUCGGGACCAAGAAGGACCUCAGCUCCCCGGCGCAGUACAGCCUCGUGGAGAAGGAUGCACUCAAGGUGGCGAAAGAGAUGCAGGCCGAGUACUGGGCCGUCUCCUCGCUCACAGGUGAGAACGUACGGGAGUUUUUCUUCCGCGUGGCGGCACUUACCUUUGAAGGGAGCGUGACGGCGGAGCUGGAGAAAAGCAACGCUCGCAGGAUCGGCGAAGUCGUCCGGAUCCUCAGCGACGAGCGGGACCUGUACCUGACCGACAAGCGGCGGAGAGCCAGAUGCUGCCAGUGAUGCGCCGGACUGGUGCGUGGGGCGCCCCCAAAGGCUGGCAUGCGCCCGCACGGCUUCUGGCAGCCCCGUCAGUCUGUGGCUGCCCUCGAGGGCGACGCACAGGGCCAGCUGAAGGGCCUCCUUCCCGGGACGGCCCAGCUCCGGUUUUGCACCCGGAGUCUCUGGAUCCCCAAAGAGCGGCUGCUCAGCCAUGCCUCCGCGCCCCCUCCUUGGACUUGGCCCCGGCACCUUUCUGCGCGCGCCCCUCCCUGCCGGCGAUCUCACGUCCUGCUCUGGUACGAGUCCGAGGCUGCCUCCAGCCCUGUGGCCCAUCUGGCUGAAGCGGCCCGUUCCGCCGGGCUUGCCUGUCCACUGAACCCACUCCAGCCGACGGAGUGUUUGGGCCCGUGCAGCCAGCACAGACGCCUGGUGCCAUGUAUACUCGCCCAUCAUAAAGCUGACAUGCCUUGCU